CGGUGAGCUCGCCCGGCGCCGUCGAGUAUCGAUCAUCAAUAGUCUACCCAGACGGGCGCACAGCGUGGGACGGGGGCGGCGGAGCACACGCGGAAGCGUUCAACAAGACGCGUGCCGUCACUCAAUGAGAGGGCGUCGAGCUGUUUCAGAUGCCAAUCAGGGCAGCGGAGCACCGCUGCCGAACGAGGGGCGCCACGCAUGCACCCAUGGACGGCAAUGCUGGCCUGCUGGCAUGCGGAAGCGGUGCUGCAGCUGCAGGACAGGCAGGACUGGACGUGAGGUGUCAAAAAGCUACACAUGCAUAGGUGAGGGCACACCUGGGCAGGUGGAGGAGGUGAAGGCAUGGAGUAGAGAAGGCGCGGCGUCGAUGACAUGGUGCAGCUGUCGGCUAACUCGAGCUUACCCCAUUCGCUCGCGCCCGUUUUUGCAUCUACAAAUCUUCGUCACUCAAGCUCCCCAGGAUACAGCGCACGGCCGCUCUGCCCUCCCCUUCCAUUUGGCCUCGAUCACCUCUCACCUGGAAUCUCGUCCCAUCGCCCGAGCCGCCGCCUUCACUUCACCGCCGCAGCUCACGCGUUCGCUCCUCUCGCAACCGGCCAAGCUCCUGGGUGGCUCCAUUCACCUACCGCUGACGUCCUCGCUCCUGCCUCCGCCGCCGUCUCCGCCGUCCUGCAUAGCUCCUCCCUCCUCCACCCUCGCCGCGUCACAUCGGUAGCUGCGUGCAGCAACCCGGAGCAGGAACAGCGCUGAGAUACACGAGCCCCAGUCGAGAGCCGUCCACCGUAGCCAUGGCCACCAACAGUCCGGCUCCCAACCUCGACAUGUACGU